AUGGCAAGUGAUUGUAUACGGUUCUACAAGGUCCAAGCAGAUAACGACUGUUAUGACGUUGCUCAAGAUGCUGGGGUGGCACUUGAUGACUUUUACAGUUGGAACCCUGCUGUCAAGAAUGACUGUUCAGGACUAGAGAAGGGCGUGUUUGUCUGUAUCGGAGUGUCAGGAUAUACAACUACUAUCACCAGCGGCACCCCUGUUCCUGUGACCCCGACCCCAACACAAACUGGAAGGGUGACUGGAUGUCUUCGAUUCUAUGAUGUACAAAAAGACGAAGGUUGCGCGGAUAUAGCAUCUGAUGCAGGUGUGGCCCAAACCGACUUCUAUAGCUGGAAUCCGGCUGAGAGCACGAACUGCGCAGGCUUACAAGCCUCCGUUUUCGUGUGUAUUGGAACGAUGGGUCCAAUCACAAUCACCAGUGGAACCCCAGUACCGGCCACAACUAACAACUAG